AAGUCAUGUAGGAAGAACAGGAAAAAGUGCCUCUGAGCAGGUACUGAGUGUCAUUCCUUGCCAGCAAGUCCCAGAGUUGGGGGGAACAGGCCCUGGCAUCUGAUUCAAGUAACUGCCGGGAAGGAUGUUUUCGUCAGUGAAACCGUAUGAAAACCAGCACUACUCCGCCUUGAAGAAGGAGUGCCAGCGGAAAAAAAUACUCUUUGAGGAUCCGCUCUUCCCGGCCAGUGACGAUUCCCUCUUCUACAAGUCACGGAUCCAGGGAGUGCAGUGGAAGCGGCCGAAGGAACUCUGCGAUGACCCGCACCUCUUCGUGGACGGCAUCAGCUCCCACGACUUGCACCAGGGCCAGGUGGGCAACUGCUGGUUCGUGGCGGCUUGUUCCUCACUGGCAUCCAGGGAAGCCCUGUGGCAAAAGGUCAUCCCCGACUGGAAAGAGCAGGAGUGGUCUGCCGAGAAACCGGACAGCUACGCCGGGAUUUUCCACUUCCAGUUCUGGCGCUUCGGCGACUGGGUGGACGUGGUGAUAGACGACCGCCUGCCGACGCUGCACAACCAGCUCAUCUAUUGCCACUCCAACGCCAAGAACGAGCUGUGGUGUGCCCUGGUGGAAAAAGCUUAUGCCAAGCUGGCAGGAUGCUACGAAGCCCUCGACGGGGGCAACACAGCGGAUGCCCUGGUGGAUUUCACUGGCGGGGUCUCGGAGCCCAUCGACCUGAUAGAGGGAGGCUACGUGGAUGACGAAGCCAAGAGGAACCUCCUCUUUGAGCGGGUGCUCAAGGUCCAUAACCGGGGAGGCCUCAUCAGCUGCUCCAUCAAAGCCACUUCAGCUGCCGACAUGGAAGCCCGCCUGGACUGCGGGCUGGUCAAGGGACACGCCUACGCAGUCACCGAUGUGCGGAAAGUCCGUCUGGGCCACGGCCUGCUGGCCUUCUUCAAGUCGGAGAAACUGGACAUGAUCCGCUUGAGGAACCCCUGGGGGGAAAGAGAAUGGAACGGCCCGUGGAGCGACACUUCGGAAGAAUGGCAGAAGGUCAGCAACAGCGAGAGAGAGAAACUGGGGAUGACGGUGGAUGAUGACGGGGAAUUUUGGAUGGCCUUUGACGACUUCUGCAAGUACUUCACCGACAUCAUCAAGUGCCGUCUCAUAAACACGUCGUACCUGAGCAUCCAUAAGACCUGGGAGGAGGCGGUCUUGCGGGGGGCGUGGACAAGGCACGAAGACCCCUUGAAGAACCGCUGCGGAGGCUGUAUCAAUAACAGAGACACCUUCCUGCAGAACCCGCAGUAUGUUUUUGAUGUGAAGAAAACAGAAGAUGAAGUACUUCUCUGCAUUCAGCAGAAGCCCAAACGGACAAAUCGGAAGGAGGGCAAAGGGGAGAACUUAGCCAUAGGAUUCGACAUCUUUAAGGUGGAGCUGAACCGGGGGUAUCGGAUGCACACGCUGCAGCCCAAGGUGGCCAGCUCCAUCUACAUCAACUCCCGCAGUGUGUUCCUGAGGACGGACCUGAAGGAAGGUCGCUACGUCAUCAUUCCGACCACCUUCGAGGCUGGCCACAUGGCCGAGUUCCUUCUCAGGCAGUUCACGGAUGUGCCUUCGGAUUGCCAAGAGCUGACGCUGGACGAGCCGCCUCACACCUGCUGGAGCGGAAUGUGCGGUUACCCGCAGCUGGUGUCGCAGGUCCACGUCAUCUCGGCUUCUGGGCUGAAGAACCAGGGCUCUGAAGGAGGCGUGGAUCCCUACGUGAUCAUCAAGUGCGAAGGAGAGAAAAUCCGGUCGCCGGUGGUGAAGAGCACGGUGGCUCCAGAGUUCGACGUGAAGGGCCUCUUCUACCGCAAGAAGCCGGGACACCCUGUCGUCAUCCAGGUCUGGAACCACAACCUUAUAACAGAUGAGUUUCUGGGCCAGGUGAGCCUUGCGGGGGACCCCAACGAGCUUCAUCCAAUGCACAUCGUCCGUCUCCAGGACAAACGUGCCAACGUGCUUCCGGGAAGCCUCACGGUGCAGCUACUCAGUAGCAGUGUCCUCACCAACAUCUGAACCACCCCAGGACAAUUCCUCCCGUGCCAUAAAGACACAUGUAUAUAUAACCUUGCGGUACGCAGGAUAUAUAUGUAUAUACUUGCCAACGUAUAUGUACUGUGCUCGAGUUUACUUCUUAAAGGGGACCAGGUCUCGCGUGUUUGAUUUUCUGUUUGUUUGCUUUCAUUUUUGAAUUUUUAUACAAAGGUGCCUUUCCCAAGAAGCAAAAAUGUUUCUGCCCUGUGCUUGGUGUUCGGUUUUUUAACUCAUCUGAGGCUUCCCUUGCGGCUCGUGAUGGACAGCAGGGUGGAGUGAGAGGCCCCCAAAGCAAUCCUGCUCUUCCGGGGCAGCUGCAGAUCAGUGCCACGAGGUUACCUGUUUACACAGAGAGAUGCGUCUCUCGUACCCACAUGCGUUGCUCGGGGUGCGCCUUAUCCCCAGCCCAGAGGUCCGUGUUGCCUAGAAUGGCUCGUUUGUGUGUGUCUGGUGCUGUGGAUUCAAAGAGGGGGAAAGGCAGAAGGGAGAGGAUCCUUGGCUUGUGGGAGCUUGGGAAGAAAGCAGUGAAAUCCAUCGCCUGGGUACUUUCAACCCACACAGAUGGCUAGUGCAGAACAAACCUUUGUCCGGGGCCGUAUCCAUGCUGUGAUUUUGCAUCAGUGCUGGAAAAGCACAGGAAGUUGUACUAAGCAUAGAAAUUACUGCACACAAGCGCUUCUUUUCUUUUUGCUCUUUUAAAAGAUCAAGCUUCUAGUCCUCAUUGUUGCAACAGCGUGAGCCAUCUCAGAAAGUUGCAGACAAGGCCAGGGAACUGUAAAGGAGCAUUCUCAUUAACCUCAGACCCCAUAAUCACUGGAAGAAAUCACUUUGAUUUCAGUAGGCCUUGCCCGUAUGCUGCCAGGCAUACACUCUUAGCCUUAAGGACUAGAAACCUGUUCCAUCUUAAAAAGAAAGUAUCCAUGACAGCCACCCCAUUGUGGCACAGAGAAUAAGUAGGGAGUGGAAGCAGUUUGCAGAACCUUUCUCAGUGAGAGGCUUUUCGUAGUGUCUUCCCCGUGCCAUAAGAAGUUUUGCUUGUCUUUAAGGUGCCUUUGGACCAUUCGUUGACGGUGUCUUCCAUUCAGGCCUUGCAUCUGGAUAGAAAACGUCCUCUAGGCCAGCACAUCCUUGAGUGCAGCCUUCCACUCAAACACUUUCCCCAUAGAAAGACUCUCCUGCAGAAAGCUAAGGAAGCAAGGCCCUGGUUUAUUGUGCUCUGAUUUUUGUGCUCAUACCUGGGAGUUGUAGGACUUUGGUCUGUCCAGCCUUGCACAGGGUUGCACCCUUAAUAAAUUCUCUGGGAGAACAUUACAUAGAAACAGAUCGAGUCAGAAGGGGUCUCCCGGGCCAUCUAGUCUGACCCCCAGCUCCUUCCCCCAUCCCAAAGCUGACGUGGUACAGUCCAAGAAGGACAUCGCCACAUGAUAAAGAAGCUGCAGCACCACUUUUUCAUAGCAGUUAAAUACAUAGGCAAGGGAAGAUGCUGUGAGUUACUCCAGUGGGGAGAGCAGGAGCGCUUUCAAUCCAGGUUCUCGGCCUGCCUUUGCGAUGCGUGUAUUUUCCCACUGCGCUGUGGGACGCAGUUCCUCCACGGGUCCAACAUCUCCGGAUUGAAGUGGGAGGAAAUUGCAUUUUGAAUGUUCCCCCAAGCGCUCUGUAUUUCAGUGUGUGUGUGUGUGUGUGUGUGUGUGUGUGUGUGUGUGUAAUCAAGGCCAUGACCAAUAAGCCAUACCAACAAAAGAUGGAGGACUUCAUUUCAUCCUGGUUUCUGGAGGACCAAAAUACCUUCAGCUGCUUUGUUUAUUUCUCUUGUUAAAAGAGCAAAAAAGUUCCUUCACUGCCUUUCCCACCGUUUGAAGGACACGGAGGUGGGUCUGACCAAACUGUGGCUUUUUCUUAAUAAAACCAAGGUGGUUGGAUGAGAAGGGAGAAGUGGAGAUCCGUAGGUGGUGGUUUGAAUUUAAGACCUGCUGUUUCCGUCACUCGUUUUGUAUCUUUUCUUGACAUUUCAUGUAACUCGCACUUUAUUCAGUAAAUUAUUCUUCAUGACAAGUCUGAAUGCAGAUCAGGAGAAAAUGUCUGGAAAAUUCGCAGUUCUGAAAAGCUUUGGAAUGAACUGGCUGUGUGUGGUUUGCCAUUAAAAGCCAAAAUCAA